AUGCGGCGUCAGGCCCAGGCCGCAGGGUUCCUGCUGACAGGACAGAGUGAGCAGCAGUCAGCCCCCGGGCCUCGGGCGCUGCUGCAGGUGGUGAGAGCCAGCGACAAGCACGGGGGUAAGUGGAGAGAGUCGAAAGGAACGAAUUGGGACGUGGACACGGAGUGUCUGAUCCUGGAGGCCGAGGCCCGGGAGAGGCAGGAACUGGACGAGGAGAGGAGACAUGAAAGAUUCAGCAGUCCCAGAGCUAACUUGGAGAGCCUGGCUGACCUGGAAACAUGGAGGGGACCCCAGUGCCCACGACAAGCACGCCAGCUCCACUGCACGGCCUGGCACUGGGUCUGUCCGAAGGGUCACAGCCAGCUCGUGAACAAGCUGCUGGAGGCGGGUGCCACCGUGGACGCUCGGGACUUGAUCUGGGGCACGCCCCUGCACAUGGCCGCACACCGUGACUGCCUGCAGCACCUCGUCACCUGCGGGGCCUGCGCUGACGCACAGGACAAGGUAGGCGUCUGGUUGUCCCGGGCUGGGGCGGCUCCACCCCUGGGGGCCACGACUAAGGCAGCCUGAGCUCAGCGACAGUAGCUGCUGACCUGACCCACCCUGGGAAGCGAAGGUAGGAGGACGCCGCCCCCACCUCGACAGGAAGGAGACACGGCUCUACACGAGGCAGUGCAGCCCGGCCACUGCAGAGCCCUGAAGGUGCUGCUGCUCUCCGGGGCCGGGCUGGGCGUGAGAAUGCGGUGAGUGCAAGCGAGCACGCGGGGCGGGCCGCUCCGGGGAGGAGAGCGGGGACUCACCCGGCAUCCUCGUGCCCAGGCUUCAGUGACCCCAGUGUAGCUGGCCCAGGACUGGCAGUCGCGCAUCUGGGAAGCACUUCAGGCCCACGUGGUGCACCCCCAUACCCGGUGCCGACAACAGCCGAUCCUCAGGGCCACUCGCAGCCACCAUUCCAUCCCGUCAUCUCCGCCCCCGUG